AUGUCUCAAAUAGAUAAUUCACCAGUGCAUAAUAUAAAUCCUUCACUUCCUGUUCAACCCAUUCAACCUCCUGAAUCGGCUUUCCCCUCUAAACUUAUGCUCGAACUUCGGGGUACUCGCUUCGAAAUCGAUCGUGAGAUGUUAAUGAGCUUACCGGAAAGCAUUCUUAUUGUUAUGUUUCCUAACGGUCUUAUAUUGGGUAGAGGCGGUGUCCUUGAUUACGAGGAAGAUGAAGACCCAGGAGAAGAGAAUUCGUUAGAUGAAUUAAGCAUAGAAGACCAAGUUAUUUAUGUAGAUUUUGAUCCCUUGUGUUUAGAAUAUAUUUUAAAUUUUUUUAAGACUGCACAGGAUGCAUUUUAUUCUAACCAAGGAAGUGUCUCAAAUUUUCCACACAGUCCAACACAAAAUCCACUUUUAAAUAAGCAAGCUAUAAUUGUUUUAAGGGAAGAAUUGGAUUAUUUCACCAUACCCCCAAAAUCCAAGAAAAAGGUUCCAUCCGUGUCAUCUUCACCUGUUGAAAAUAUUGGCGAUGCGGUUGAAUUAACUGUAGUUGAACCAGUAAUGAAUAUUUUCGAAUUAAAAACAGAAUGUGGGACAUACCUUCUUCAUCAGAGAAAGAUAUUCACGGCUUUACAGCGUAAUGUUAAUAAGGAGAAUAAUGUAGCGGAACAACAUUUAAUAGACAUGUUGUGUGUUUCUGGGUUUUCAAGAGAAGACGAAUGGGGAUAUCGUAAUAUUGAACCACAAAAAACAUGUAUUGUAAGCAUUGCACUUGUGAUGCUUAAAACAACAGGACAAAGUAAUCAAAUGGCGACAGCACAGAAAUUAUUAUUAUUCUGGAGGAAACCAGCGAGGAAGUGCUGGUGGGAUGGUUUUGAAGUCAAAAUUGGCGGUGAUAAGGAUAUACCGGUCCGACUAUGGUGCAGGCGUACAUGGACUUUAGAAUUGGCUUUGGUUUAA